AUAGACUUACGAUGUGAUGAUACUCCUGCAUCUGAUAUAUCUAAUAACGCUUCAAAUUCUGAUGAACUCAAUAAUGCUCCAAAUUCUGAUGUAUCUGAUAACGCUUUUUCGGAAUUAUCUGAAAAUGUAUGCCAGGAGACAAAGACUCAAUGCUCCACAUCGCCAAUUUGCAUAGAAACUAAAUCUUUUGAUGAUAAAGAGAUCGAAUUUCUGGAUCGGGUACACAAAGAACAGAUUGGUAAUGAAAUAAGAGAAAGAAAUCGGAAAAAGAAACUUCAGAAUCAAGGAUCAACACAAAAUACAUCUCCCUCUUCUGAUAUACAAAAUGAGGUAAAUCCUGUUAUCGAUCAAGCACAAAAUACUGGAAUAAAAAUUCCAUAUAAUAAAAGAGUAGAGCAAGAUUUAAGGCACGAUUUAUCUGUAUUCAUUAAAGAAAAUAAUAAUAAAGUUAGUGAAGUAUUUGAUAUACAAAUUCCUGAAUUCUCGCUAGAAGUAAUUGUAACAGGAUCUAGCAAAAUUACAGCACAAAAUAUAGCCGAUUUGUUUAUUAUAGCAAUGAAAGUUAGACAAAAAGAGAUUUUAUGCUGGUAUUGCUACUAUAAAGCAUAUGAGGAUCGAGUCGAGGACAUUAAACGUAUAAAUAAAAUUGAUGAUCAAUCAGCAAGGACAUUGAUAUAUAAUGAGAUAAAAGCACUUCUCCCAGAUAUCACCGAUGUAAACUUGCGUCAAAGAACAUUUAGAGCAAAAAAGAUCUAUACGUUACUUAUGGGAAUAGGAGUAGAAAAAGUCCAAGUAAUAACAUGUAGUGCAAGUGCAAUUUCAAGUUUAACUGACAACCAAAUUCAAGAUAUUAUAGACUGUUUUCCGAAAAAUUUUAUUAGCAUAGAUGACUCUUCGGUUAAAUGCAAAAAAAUGAUCGGCGUUACAAAUUGUAACGCACAUGUGACUGAACAAACUUUACCAGAAACCGAGACAAUGGCCAAUAAAACAUUAACUCCCAAAUAUUUGGAGUGGGAAGCUAAAUUAACAGAAUUGCCAAGCAUUUUGACAGAUAAAAUUCGUUCUAGGUUUUGUAAAAGAUAUAAGAAAAGAACUGGACUUGAUCCCUGGAUAAACUCUGAAACUCCCGAAUCCCCACAAAUCGAAAAAACUGAUAAUCACCUUUCACGAGACUGUAUCAUCAAGAUUUCUAAGUUUCCGGAAGAAAAAGGUGUGAUCAUUGAAGCUGUACAUAAACGUUUUCCUUUUCUAUCAUAUACUAAGUCGAAUGCAUGGUAUCGAGAUGUUUUUAAAUAUACAGAUCCAGAAGCUAAAUGUCCGAUAUGCAAUGAAGUUCAUACACAUUUAGGUAUAUGGGGUGAUUGGAGCUGUCUCGGUAAAGAUGACCACUAUUUUCUUAAUUGCCCUUUUCGUAUCGAUCAAAAGAAAGUUAUAAUUGCUGUACAAAGUUUGCCGGAAAGUGUGUCAAACAAACCUCGAGAAACAGAACCUCGUUCACCAACUCAUCCAAACAAAAAUCACCUUUAUCAGUAUGCCAUCGAACAUGGAAUAGAUCCCAAGAAAUUUUCAGUUAUUACAGAGGCUGAGAAAAAAAGGUGGAGCAUGGGAUACUUCCGUGGUGAUUUGGAGAGAGAUAUACGAUUCUAUCGUGGAGGAAUAAAAAGGAAUGAAGAUACCAGAAAAUAUCAUAAAUUUUUAACAGAUCGGGAUAGGCUGGUCGGUGAAGAGUUAUUACGUUGUGAUAUACAAAAAAGCGGUUUAAGUACUGCAUGGCUCGAUGAUCUGAUGAAAGAAUAG